AUGGGUCAGUGGCGAUCCCACUGUGGAUCAAGUGUGCUAUUGCCUCGAAAAAAGUUCAUCUACCAUUACAAGAACAUGCGCUGGGCAAGGGGUCGACAUGAGACAUAUCUCUGCUUUGUAGUGAAGAGGCGAGUGGGGCCAGACUCCUUAUCCUUUGACUUUGGACACCUCCGCAAUCGCAAUGGCUGCCAUGUAGAGCUGCUGUUCCUGCGCUACAUUGGAGCCUUGUGCCCUGGUUUGUGGGGAUGCGGCGGUACUGGAGAGAGGAGGCUCAGUUACUCCAUCACCUGGUUCUGCUCCUGGUCUCCUUGUGCCAACUGCUCCAUCAGACUGUCCCAGUUCCUCAGCCAGACGCCCAACCUUCGCCUAAGGAUUUUCGUCUCUCGCCUUUACUUCUGUGACAUGGAGAACAGCCCUGAAAGAGACGGCCUAAGAAUGCUGAAAAAAGCUGGUGUGCAGAUCACAGUCAUGAGUUACAAAGAUUUCUUUUAUUGCUGGCAGACCUUUGUGGAUCGUAAGCAAAGCAACUUCAAGGCCUGGGAAGAGCUGCACUCAAACUCUGUUCGCCUUGCCAGAAAACUCAACCGCAUCCUCCAGGUAGAAGAUUUACUAUACUGCAUGUCUUUCUUCAAUCUACAGUCUGAAAAGCAAUCAAGAUUUGUUUAAAAAUUAUAAUAAUUA